GGUGUGGCAUCGUACGCUUGAGACGGAAUUCCUGUCCUCUGUGCCAUACUGCUUAGUAUCAUGAUUGGUCAUCGACGAAUGCAGGCUGAAGGCUCUCAAGACGAAAGUCCUCAUUGGCCUAUGGUCCGUUGAACAAUGACGAUUGAACCGUCCAAUUCACUUAAAGCGCGGCUUUGCUGCACGUACAUCACGCACGAACGAGACUCCCAGCGAUCGGUUGUGACUUCAGCCUCGACCUAUCACGGAUAUGUGCAUGUGAGCAUGGCCCAAUGAACCGAGGGCUGGGUGACGGUGGAUGCACCAAUAACCUAGCUGAUGAGGUUGAACACCAAGAAAUCUGCCAAUCGCCCGCUACUGAUUGCUUAUUCGUUUAUUCUCAUGAAUAAAGUGUUCGACAGCUUAGAAUACGACUAGUACGGCGACGCGUGUUAAAAUGGGUCGCGCACCAUUUUGCGCGCCGAUUUUGAAUUUUUGCGCUCCGUUUGUUUUCCGUAUCUCAUUUACUCAAUUCGGUGAACAACAACUAUACAAUGGAUGGCUACAUUCACGCUGGUCAGGUUGCUCCCACACAAGCAAUCCUCCAACCGAUGCAGCAAACUCUUCUAAUGGAUGCAAAUGGCACCCCUCAACCGACCACUUUUGCUGUGCAAGCGAACGACGGAAGUCUCAUACCCGUCCACUUGGCAGCGUCCGCCGGAGGAGGGCAGCUCAUCAUGUUCCUGCCAACUGCUGCUCAGCAAACCAUGUACACCACGCAGUCACUGGUGUCUGGAACCGCCACCACUCUGGAAGCAAGCUUGACCCAGCCGCAGCAGGCUCAACUCAUAGGAACCUCGGUGGAAGAUGAUAAUCACGUUUUGCAACAACUUCAGCAUGCUUCUCAAGUCCAGCUGAUUCACCAGGCCCAGUCAUCCACUCUUCCUCAGACCGUUUCCACAGCCCAGGUUGUCCAAGUCUCCAGUCCGAAGAGCGAAGGUGCCACUUCUCAAACGGUUGGUCCUGGACAAGCUCCGGCCAGCGUGUCUCCAGGCGUUACUCCCGGUGGAGAGGAACCGCUUUACGUGAACGCCAAGCAAUAUCAUCGGAUAUUGAAACGAAGGCAGGCUCGUGCCAAACUAGAAUCCCAAGGUCGAAUCCCAAAGGAAAGGCAAAAGUACCUUCACGAAUCUCGGCAUAAGCACGCGAUGAAUCGAGUCCGAAGCUCGGGGGGUCGAUUCUUCUCCCAACCGUCUUACGCAGAAACCAGUAACAGUACGGCAUCUACUUCAUCCACUAAUUCCUCUUUCAGGCAGGUGAACGAAUCAAAGGCCAAGCAGACUCCUUAUUAAGAUGUCCGCUGGAGCACCACUUAUCCCUCCUCAGUCCCCUAUCUUUCAUCUCGCUGUGAAUCUUCACGGACUUGCGUACUCGGCACCCACUCGUUCUUCCCUCACAUCGUUUGCAAUACAUCUGACUGCACAGCCAUCUAAACAUUUUUUCGACAACCGAUCGUUUUAUGAGUAAGGGGACGUUUUUAUCAUCAUCACCGUCCGUGUCGCAUUUCCAAUUCCCUUCUUCUUCGUCUUCUACGCCGGCUACUCUUCAGCACUCUUGUCAAACACCUUCGUCCUUGGCACGUUCUCAACUGGCACUGGUCGGGUGUGUGCGUUGACCUUAUGCGAGUUGAAGUUUUUGUACAUUUUAAAAAUUUUCACACUAUCUGCCCCCCUCCCACAUGUGUGUAAAUAGUUCAUUUUCCUUUUUUCAUAUGCCGCAUACUUUCUUUUUCCUCCUUUGAUGACGAUACGAACAGAAAACACUACAUGUUUUUCAUU